AUGUCGAAGCUGCUCAGCGACCUCUGGGCCAGCACUCCCCUCGGCUCUACGUUUCGCUCAAAAGGCGUAGAAUUACCCAUUGACGCCGAAUCAGAAUCUCUGAUGAAGACUGAGGUCGUCGCCGAGAAAUGCGAUCUGAGGAUUGAAGGAAUGACUUGUGGUGCUUGUGUUGAGUCUAUAGAAGGCAUGCUUAGAGAACAACCAGGCAUCCACUCGGUCAAGGUCGCGUUGUUGGCCGAGCGUGGCGUUGUCGAAUACGACCCCAGUCAAUGGAAUGCCGAGAAGAUUAUCAACGAAAUCUCCGACAUUGGCUUCGACGCUACAUUGAUUCCUAUUACGCGCACCGACACCGUUACCCUCCGAAUUUUCGGCAUGACUUGCAGCUCAUGUACAUCCACUGUCGAGUCCGGCCUUAGCUCUGUCCCCGGUAUCAACAUUGUGGCCGUUUCGCUUGCAACCGAGACAGCCACCAUCCAGUUUGACCGUGGGCUCAUCGGCGCACGAGAAAUGGUUGAACGGAUUGAAGAGAUGGGCUUUGACGCUAUGCUGGCCGACCAGGACAACGAGACUCAGGUUGCUUCCCUCAUGCGAACAAAAGAAAUCUUGCUCUGGCGCUCGAGGUUAAUAUGGAGUGCCUCAUUCGCAAUUCCCGUCUUUUUUCUGAGCAUGGUCUUCCCACACGUGCCCGGACUCCGAGACAUCGUCGGAUUCAACUUGUUCAAUGGCAUUUACCUUGGAGAUGUCGUCGUCGCCAUUGUCACAACCCCAGCACAAUUCUGGGUCGGCGCUAAUUUCUAUCGCAGUGCUUGGAAAUCACUUAAGCACCGAUCGGCGACAAUGGACGUUCUGGUUAUGCUCGGCACUUCCGCAGCCUAUUUUUAUUCUCUAUUUUCCCUCAUUAUCGCAUCAUUCAACACUACUCCCGACUAUCGUCCCGCUCUUUUCUUCGACACAAGCACUAUGCUGCUCAUGUUUAUCUCUCUGGGUCGUUUCCUGGAGAACAGGGCCAAGGGCAAAACCAGCGCAGCUCUAACUGACCUCAUGGCCCUCGCACCGUCGAUGGCUACUAUUUAUACUGAUGCUCCUGCCUGCACUCAGGAGAAGAAGAUCCCGACCGAGUUGGUUGAAGUCGGUGACACUCUGAAGCUCGUUCCUGGUGACAAAAUACCCGCUGAUGGGUCAGUUAUCAAGGGCUCUUCCAGUGUUGACGAAAGUGCAAUUACUGGAGAGCCAGUUCCCGUUUUGAAACAAGCCGGCGACAGUGUUAUUGGGGGAACGGUCAAUGGGCUGGGCACAUUUGACAUGGUUGUUACUCGGGCUGGGAAAGAUACUGCUCUGGCACAGAUCGUCAAGCUUGUCCAGGACGCUCAAACAUCCAAGGCUCCGAUCCAAGCUUUUGCCGAUAAAGUUGCGGGUUACUUCGUUCCGGCAGUCAUCGCACUUGCGGGCGUAACCUUUAUUGCUUGGUUGCUCCUCUCGUCAUUCAUUGCCGAUGAAAGCCUUCCCGCGAUGUUCCACAGGCAUGGAACAAGCAAAUUCGCAGUUUGUGUGCAAAUGUGCAUCAGUGUUGUUGUUGUCGCUUGUCCUUGCGCUCUCGGUCUUAGUACUCCGACCGCUAUCAUGGUGGGCACUGGCAUUGGGGCCCAGAACGGUAUCCUCAUCAAAGGGGGUCGGGCUUUGGAAGCCAGCAAGAGUAUUCGUCGAGUUGUUCUUGACAAGACAGGCACUGUCACCGUUGGCAAGAUGAGCGUUGUUGGCACGCACUGGGUGCCCGGCACGCAAUCUUCAGCUGACCAAUCCUCCUUGGACGGACCUUGCGCCGACGAUUCAACCAGUCGACAGGCCAUUAUUUCCAUGAUCACUACUGCAGAAGCCAAAUCCGAGCAUCCGUUGGCUACUGCGGUCGCAGCCUAUGGGAAAAGCGUGCUCAGAGAUUUUCCCUCGCUUCCCCCCAGCUCUGUUGAGAGCUUCGAGAGUGUCACUGGAGCUGGUGUCCGCGCUGUUAUCACCCAUGGCGGCUCCAAGUACACCCUCCUCAUCGGCACAGCUCGCUUCAUUACCCAGUCUGACGACGGUUACAUCCCUUCCACUCUUUCUAGCUACGAACAACAGGAAACGACUCUGGGUCGCACCAUCAUAUUCGUUUCCCUCCUCCGCCCUUCGUCAUCCAACCCCCUCCCGCUCCUUGCCGUUUCCCUGUCUGAUGCUCCGAAACCGUCCAGUAAACACGCCAUACGCGCAUUACAGAAGAUGGGAAUCGAGGUGAACAUGAUGACGGGCGAUGAUGGUGUUUGGGCUGACAUGAGCCCGAAAGGCAAAGCCACACUUGUCGCUGAACUAAUGGAAAAGCAUGGAGAAGGAGUUGCGAUGGUUGGCGAUGGAAUCAACGAUUCUCCAGCUCUGGUGGCAGCGACAGUUGGCAUUGCUCUCGCCUCUGGUACCUCUGUGGCAAUCGAGGCUGCCGAUAUUGUUCUUAUGCGCGGUGAUCUCUUGGACGUUGUGGCUGCCCUGCAUCUUUCCCGAAGCAUCUUUCGGGUCAUCAAGCGGAACUUUGUCUGGGCCUGCAUCUAUAACGUGCUUGGUAUUCCUCUCGCGAUGGGUCUUUUCCUGCCUGUCGGACUCUACAUGCAUCCCAUGCUUGCUGGCGCGGCCAUGGCCUUUUCCAGCGUCAGUGUGGUCACGAGCUCCCUGACCCUCAAAUGGUGGAGACGACCGGCUGACAGCCUCAUGCCUGGAGCGUCAACAGAGUUGGGCCCCAGUCUACUCGACAGCACACGCAAUGCGGUCGAGGAUGCCUGGGGGAGUGUCACGAGCAUGUUCCGACCAAAUCGGAGGGACGAAUACGGCUACAGCCAACUGCCUGUGGAGAUGAGUGCAUCCAACAACGUCUAG